GCCAGAUAGCAAACAUACUUGGCUGUAUUCCGUACGUUUACUCUGCUGAAGAAACAUCGCUUGGAGCCCGCAAAGAAGGUGAAUAAUCCAAAAUGGACAGUGGCCAUGUGAGAGCUAACCAAAGAAAUCCAAGAGAAAGAGCAAGCAUUCUCUCACUGAUAUUUCUCACAUAUACAUUCGAGUUGUUUAAGAAAUGUUUUUAUGAAGAUCUUACUAUUGAAGACCUAUGGGUCCCUCUACAAUAUCAUCGAUCUGACUUUAUGGGUGACUUAUUGGAAAGAAAAUGGGAAGAAGAAUUGUUGCGAUACAAACUGACUGGGAAACAGCCAAGUUUACUGCGAGCAAUUGUGAAAACUAUUUACAAGGAUCUUGUUUAUUCUGGUCUAAUAGUUCUAAUAAGUGACUCAUUAAUUAGAGUGUGCCAACCACUUCUUCUAGGAAGGAUGUUGAUAUUCUUCAGCAACAGCCAUGAUGUUUCGCAUACGGAAGCACUGAUUGUGGCAACGGCUAUUAUUAUAAUAUCAUUUUUACUUGUAUUCAUUGUAGUGCACUACAAUAUGCUCCUUAAAACCACAUUUCUAAAGACCCAGGUGGCCUUAAGUUCUCUCGUCUACAGAAAAGUCCUACAUAUCAGUAACUUCGCAGCCGGGAAUUCAGUUGCCGGCAACGUGCUGAAUCUGAUCUGCGCGGACCUGAAAGCGCUGAAUAACGUCGCCACGUUCAUCCACCACCUCUGGCUCUCGCCCGUCCUGCUGGCUGCGAUAACCUGCUUCGUCUGGCUGCGAGUCGCUUGGCCGGGCGUCGCUGGGCUGUGUGUGGUCUUCGCCCUGGCGUCGGCGCUAAUAAUUGCGGAGAAAUUCGCAUAUGCGUAUCGCAUCCAGAGCAACCAGAUAUCCGACAGACGGAUAAAACUUCUUCAGGAGAUCCUGUUAGGAGUGAGAUUGAUAAAAAUGUAUGCUUGGGAGAAACCGUUCAUUUCUCUGGUCGAUCAGGUUCGAAGAGCUGAAACCAAAGUAAUGAAGAAAAGUGGUUUUCUCAGAGGAGCAUUUUUGGUGUUCACUUUAAGUGCUAGCAGGAUCGCUUGCUUCACUGUCAUGGUCUGCAUGGUAUUUAACGAGCAGCCUUUGAACGCAGAAAAUGUUUUCACCGUUGUCUUCUUUAUAUAUUCAGCACUGCACUCGACUAUAUUUUUUGUUCGUGGAAUCCAAGAAUCUACAAAUGCACUCAUAUCACUACAGCGGCUGGAGAAAUUCCUUCUUCAAGAAGAACUGACGAACGCGGCAAAUCACUCACGAAAUGUUGUCUGUCAAGAAACAAGUGGAACGGCUGUAAGCAUGGAAAACGUCACAGCUAGAUGGGACAAGUGGAGUAAUGAGCUGACAUUGUCAAACAUAAACAUUCGCGUGAAGACUGGUUCUCUUGUGGCAAUAAUUGGAUCCACCGGCAGUGGAAAGAGUUCCCUGCUGCACUCGAUACUCGGGGAGCUCCCGCUGGUGUCCGGCGCCGUCGGCGUGGAAGGCGGGCUGUCGUACGCCGGCCAGGAGCCCUGGGUGUUCGGGGACACCGUGCGACAGAACAUCACCUUCGCGCGGCCGCACGACGAGCAGUUGUACGACAGAGUGGUGCGCGCUUGCGGCCUGCGAGCGGACUUGGAAGGUCUGCCGCGCGGGGACCGGACCCGGGUCGGCGAGAGAGGUUGCUCCCAAUCGGGAGGCCAGAAGGCGAGGAUCAACCUGGCGAGAGCGGCGUACAGUGACGCUGAAGUGUUUCUGCUGGACGACCCCUUAUCAGCUGUGGACCCGCAUGUGGCCAGACACCUCUUCCACGAGUGUAUACUGUCUCUCCUGGAAGGGAAAACCCGCUUGCUCGUGACACACCAGAUCCAGUACCUGGAGGACGCUGAUCACAUUAUAGUCAUGAGAAAUGGCAGUGUGGAAAUGCAAGGAUCGUACAUUGACCUGAUGAAGAGUGACAUUGACGUUACAAGAUAUCUGAAAUCACAGGAAAAUUUGCACGUGAAUCAUGACGACACUGAAUAUGACACCGCUGAUAAAUGUAAUGACUUAAACAAUACAAAAGCCGACGCAAUGUCAAUUCAAAAUUUUGCAGAAACUUCGUCGAAAGGAACGUUGAAAAAAUCAGUCUAUAUGGAAUAUUUACUGUCCGGAUCAAGCUACUUACGUUUGUUAAUAAUGGCUUUGUUAUUCCUGCUAUCGCAAGUAGUUGCAAAUAUUUCUGACUACUGGGUGUUGUACUGGACUAAUCAAGAGGAAAUGAGUCACUCAAAUAGAUACAUUUAUACGGUGCAUAAUGUAAAUACCAGUAAUUCAGAACAUGACCUAACGAUUCACAAUCCUGAAUCUUCAGCUGUUAGUGACGAAUGGACGAGUUCUUCAGUGUUUUGCGCUAUAGUUUACAGUGCCGUGAUCUUUGCUCUCAUUGUGCUCUCAGUAUACAGGAUAAUUUUGUUCUACACUAUAUGUGAAGCAUGUCACAAUAACAUACACAGUGAUGUCAUUAAGAGUAUCGUGAGAACGUAUGCAAAAUUCUUUGACAUCAAUCCUUCAGGAAGAAUACUGAACAGACUAUCCAGCGACGUCAGUGUCAUGGACGAAUCCGUUCCAAAGGCUACUAUGGACUCCGCGCAAUAUUUUCUUUUAGCCGUCGGCCCGCUUGUAUUGAUAUCCAUUGUGAACUGCUGGUUUCUAAUUGCAAUUAUUGUAUUGGCAGCAAUUUUAUUUAUUGUUUUGCGAAUAUUUUUGAGAGCUUCCAAGAGAAUUACGAGAAUUGAAGGAAUGUGCAGAAGUCCUAUUUUCGUCCAUUUGAACUCUACUCUCCAGGGACUAACAACCAUACGCGCCCUUCAGGCCGAAGACGUCAUUAGACAGGAGUUCAAUCAGCACCAGGACCUUAAUACUUCUGCUUCGUACAUGCUCAUAUCUGCAAACCAAACUUUCGUUUUAGCGGUCAAUUUGAUUUGUUUCGUCGUCUUUGCUAUUAUAAUCGUCACUUAUAACGUCACUGAAACAGGAAGCAAUGGCGGUGAAGUAGGUCUCGUAGCUACACAAACGUUUUGGAUCAUUUCAUGUCUCCACUACGCUGUUCUUCACUUUACGUCACUGCCCGAGUUCAUGGUUUGUGUCGAGAGAGUGAUGGAGUACAAAUACCUGGAAGAAGAGAAAAACCUGGAUACCACUAUGGACAACUUUGCUCCACCACUUUGGCCAAAGGCAGGUCGCAUCGAGUUCCAAAAUGUGACGUUCAAAUACACGAUCAAUGGCCCUAGCGUUCUGCAAGGAAUAAACAUUUUAAUAAAUCCUAAAGAAAAGGUUGGUAUUGUCGGCCGCACAGGAGCAGGGAAAUCGUCCUUGAUCCUGGCACUGUUCCGAUUCGCCGAGGUGGAAGGCUGUAUCGUGAUAGACGCCGUCGACACCAGCACCAUCAGCCUGCACGACCUCAGGAAGAAGACCUCAAUCAUACCUCAGGACCCUUUCCUCUUCUCCGGGAGCCUGAGGGAAAACCUGGACCGCUUCAACGAGUUCCGGGACGAAGAGCUGUUGCAGGCACUGGAAGACGUCGAAAUGAGGGAUGUUCUGACCAGCUCGGGCGGCCUGGGCAUGCUGGUGGCCGAGAGAGGAGACAACUUCAGCGUGGGACAGAAGCAGCUGCUCUGCCUGGCGAGGGCGAUACUGAGGAAGAACAAGAUACUAGUUCUUGACGAAGCCACGGCUAACGUAGAUCUCCAGACUGACGAGCUGAUCCAGAGGACUCUGCGCGAGCAGUUCGCGGACUGCACAGUGCUGACCGUCGCGCACAGGCUGCAGACCAUCAUGGACUCCGACAAGGUCGUCGUGAUGAGUCGCGGCAACAUGGUGGAAUUCGACCAUCCACACAUACUGCUGCAGAACGCUGGCGGUGUUUUCUACCAAAUGGUGCAGAAGACGGGGCAACGUACCAGCUUGGCUAGAAUAGCCUCAGAGAGCUACACCGCCCUUAAAGAAAGACGGAAAGAACAAUAGGAAGGUUUGCAGCAACACAUAUAUUUAUUUUUUGCUACAUUUUUUAAUCAUUCAACAAAGUCAUUCAAUGUAUAUGUAUAGAACCAUUCUAGUUUUGAACCAAUAUGUUUUGUAAUACUAUACUGUCUAUAAUACAACGUUAAAAUUUUUUGUAUGUAAUGCACAAACGUCCAAACAUACCUAAUGCUUUUUGAAAUAAAUAAAUGUAUUGAAAAUAAA